AGUUUCAUUUUGUAGAUUCAAAAACCAGAAAUUUUCAAACUGAAAAUCCAGCAAGGGACAGUUUUCAGAAGAAAAUUGAAGUUGAUUUAAGUAAUGGGAAAUUGCAUGGAGACACACACUACGAGGCAACAAGAUGUGGUGGUGGAGAUGCAGAAGCAGCAAGAAGAAGAAAGAGGAACAUCGAGUGGAUUUGUGAAGACAAAUGAUAAUGAAGGGAAGAAUGGUGGAAGGGUGAAAAUUGUGUUAACAAAAGAGGAACUCAAAUGGUUGAUACUUCAACUCAACGAGAAAGGAGGGAUGAGAUUGGAACAAGUAAUGGAAGAGAUUGAGAGAGGCAGAGAAAAGGUUGAGGGAUGGAAGCCUUCUUUAGAGAGUAUUUUGGAGGCUCCUGAAAUGCUUGAGAUAGAAAGAUGAUUUCCUUCGAUCGGUUUCUUCUUUUUUUUGUAAUGAAUGUUGAGAUCACAUUUGUAAAUCUCACUUAGAGU